UCUUUUUCCGGGUUCUGUUGAAUCAAGUGACUCUAAGGUUUCUACUCGCUGCUCUGUAGAGACCGCUUGAUAUGCCGUCUAAGCGUUUCCUUACGACAGCUUCUCGUGUCGCUUGUGCUGUCGCGAUUCUAGUAAUCUGCUCGGUGGAGUCCCUCAGUCCUAGUGGCAAGAAUGUUUGCUCUAGAUCAGUAAGCUUUUCAACGAAGUACCAACAGUCAUACCAGUACUCGUGGAGGGAGCGAUACACCACAAGCUGUGGUUUCUGGGGCUGGGGGCGAUGCACUCGCUACAGGACCCGAUAUGGAACAAAGUACAGAGAUGCAUACAAACAAGCUUACAAAGCUGAGUACCAGUGCUGCUCGGGCUGGGAACCACAGGGUGACCAGUGUACUCUCGCAAUCUGCCAAACAAAAAAGUGUAUCCAUGGAAAGUGCACUAUGCCAGAGUUUUGUGGGUGUGACCCAGGGUACUACGGUCCCAAAUGCGAUAGAGAGUGCCCGUCAAACAAAUGGGGUCCACACUGUACGCAUGACUGCGAAUGCCAAAACAACGCAAAGUGUCUCGCGCAUAACGGGAGCUGCGCAUGCGCCAUGGGCUGGCAAGGAGUGCACUGCGAGAGACCAUGUGAUCCUGGUUACUAUGGUAACUGCAAAAAGGCAUGCCAGUGUCUUAAUGGAGCUUCGUGUAAUCACGUGACUGGUAACUGCACGUGUGCGCCAGGGUAUACGGGAGAAAGGUGUGAGGCCAAGUGUCCAGCUGGUACUUUUGGCCAAGAAUGUAUUAACAAAUGCUCUUGCAUGAACGGAGCAGUCUGUGAUCACGUAAAUGGCACGUGUAACUGUACUGCGGGGUGGAAAGGGGAGAUAUGCAACACUCGAUGUCCCAAAGGGUACUAUGGCUAUGGGUGUUCGAAGAAAUGCUCCAACUGCCAGCACGGAGCGACGUGUGAUCCUGUGAACGGCACAUGUUCCUGUCAGACGGGAUGGACUGGAGAAAACUGUGACAUUACAUGUAGUCAGGGAAGGUGGGGCGUCGGUUGCCAAGGCACGUGUGACUGUAAGAAUAAUGCUACGUGUUCACCUUUCACCGGUCAGUGUAACUGCACGUCUGGCUUUACGGGGGAUCGAUGUGAGAAACAGUGCGCCGGAGAUUCUGGCGGUGUGGACUGCAGGCAGCACUGUAACUGUACCGAGUGGGGCACGUGUAACCCUUUCACCGGAAAGUGUCUAUGUCAGUCUGGUUUCUAUGGAGAAGAUUGUGGAGCCGAGUGCCCCGACGGUACCUACGGUCCAGCCUGCACCGCGCACUGCAAGUGUCAAAAGAACGCUACUUGUGAUAAAAUCGAUGGCACCUGUCAAUGUAAGCCAGGGUGGACUGGCAUCGAUUGUGGUAACCCUUGCCCUGCUGGUUACUAUGGUGAAAACUGCCAAUCAAAAUGUCUGUGUCAAAACAUGGCUUCAUGUGACCCUGUUGAUGGGAAAUGUACGUGUGUGGGCGAAUGGCAGGGAGAAGCAUGUGAUUUGAAAUGUAGUGAUUGGACGUUUGGAGUAAAAUGUUCAAAUUCUUGUCGGUGCAAUCAAACUCAGUCGGAAAGGUGCCAUGGACUUUCCGGGAAGUGCUUUUGUAAGGACGGGUUCACGGGACAGGGAUGUGAGCAGAGCAUCAAAUGCUCUCCGGGUAAAUACGGAAAUAAGUGUGAGAAGACUUGCAGCUGUAAUAACAACUAUUGUGAUGUUGUCACCGGUGUUUGCAACUGUCCCCAUGGAUACGAGCGCCCAACAUGCACGCAGUGUGUACCAGGGAUGUAUGGUUACGAAUGCAAGCAGAAAUGCAUUUGCAAGAACGGAGGGAAGUGUGAUCACGUGACUGGCUUAUGUAGGUGCAGUGCGGGUUGGAUUGGCGCUGUAUGUGGUGAAGGAUGCCCGUUGGGUAAUUAUGGCAUGAACUGUAACAGCACAUGUAACUGCGAGCAUGACUCGUCGUGUGAUCACAUGACUGGCAAAUGCGACUGCUCGCCAGGCUGGGAGGGAGAACGGUGCCAACACAAGUGCAAUGAAAGUUUCUAUGGACGCGGUUGUCAAUCUGCCUGUCAGUGUUACGAUGACAACACUAAAUCCUGUGAUCACGUGACUGGUAGAUGCUACUGCAAGGCUGGUUGGACAGGCAGAGAGUGUACACGAUAUUGUCCGGUGGGAGCGUUUGGAGAAAAGUGUGCUAGCCGCUGCACAUGCGUAGAGGAAUCUUCAGCAAUUUGUGAUCACGUGACUGGAGCCUGCGAAUGCAUGCCAGGCUACACUGGUCAGCGAUGUGAAAUAAAAUGUCCAGACCUCUACUUUGGUAUGAACUGUGCUGGAAAAUGCGUUUGCGAGCUGCCCGAUAUGAUAAAGAAAUGCGAUCACGUGAGUGGCAUGUGUUACUGCCGGCCUGGUCGCAUAGGUAGUGUGUGCAAUGAAACGUGUCCGGAUGGCUAUUACGGCGAAGGAUGUUUAGAAGUCUGUGCAUGUCAAAACAAUGCUACCUGUGAGCCCGCGAAUGGAUGUAACUGCACAAGAGGUUUUACAGGCAAAUAUUGCGAGGAAGAACCCUCGGCCGCCCCCAAAGGCAAGAUUGAUAGUCAGAAAGGCGCGAAAUCCAAAGCUACAAUGUUCGCCGUUAUUGGCAUCAUCGCUGGAAUAACAGUGAUAAUUAUUAUUUUGAUACUGGUCUAUUUACGCCGUAAGCACAUCGCACCUACAGGACGACCUAAAAGCGUUUCUUCGCGUAAAUUACUCCGAUCAAGAAAAGAGGAUCCGCAGAGAAAAGACGAGGUCGCCAUGAACCCCAUUUACGACAAUACAGUUCCGCAGAGUGUAACCAAGCAUGGCUCACAGAAGUCGGUCUCCAACCCUAACUACGGUCGAACCAUAGAUGCGCAUUGUGUGACACAAGAGCCGGCUCGCACGCAUGCUCAAUCGGAAGCAGCAGACAACCCGCUGUACGAUACUACCACGGACGUCAUUGCGCAACAGGAUAACCCGCUUUACGAAGGUGUAUCGAUUGAUGCCGAGAGCAACCCGAAAGACAUGAAUCCCUUGUACGAGUGCAGCCCGACCGCUAGCAGUGUGCCGUACGACGCCGCCAGUAAUAAUAUCUACGAAGGUCUACCUGCUGAUUUUUGCGGUGGAUCACCCUCGGCGCCGCUUAACAAUGCCGGUUCCCAUAGCAACACCAAUAACAUAUACGAGGGCCUGCCAGCAGACUACUGCGGCAGCACAACGCCCCUAAAAGAUGAUGGACCCACUGCAGACUUUAACCCGAUAUACGACGACGGGUUACGUAGUCAUGGUAAUGAUGGCCCACAAUCUAAUUCCGAAGACGCUUAUGGAGAAGAUUCUGCCAAUAUGAAUCCCCUCUAUGAAGAAAUGCCUCAACACAAGCCACGCUCAAUCUCAUUCACGAAACAAACGCCUGCAUUAUACGCUAAACUAAACAACGAACAGCCACCAUCCGACGGUCCGCCGAAACAACUACGAAAACGCACCGACUCCAAACCGAGGCCCCCUCCUCACGGUGCUCACCUAGCCGAGGAUGAGAUUCCAUUUAGCCAAGAUACCGCCGGUGGUGGGUCACGUGAUAAUGUCGCAUUUGAUAACUCGGAUCUCUAUAUGAUGAAUAAGUUGUACGGCGCGCUGGGCCAUGAGGACUCCCACCAUCUCAAAUUCACAUGAAAAGAGGCCAUAUCUUUUUGUCUAGAAGUUAGGUAUACGUUCUUUACCAAGGUUUUACCUAACAGCUACUCUCCUUCGCUCUAAUAAACGGAACAUUUUGGCCAGCACCUUCCGCAACUCCGUUUCCAGGGACUUCUUGGAGUCGAGAAAUUCACGGUGGUAGUCAAUUUCAAGAUAGCGAAAAGUUGAACCACGUCACACAACUUAAAGUUCCCCAUCUGUUUAUCCCCCCCCCUCAUUAAGCUUCUCCCUCUCUGCCAAAAUGUUCAAAUACCCACUCCCCUUUCGCUUUCCCUCAGCUUGAGGUGUGACAUGUUUAUAGAGUAUAUGUAAUUCUAGUGUGGUUUUCAGUCAGCAUAAACAAAUGUAAACAAGACAUAAGUAUACUACUAGGUUGAAAUAAUAAGUAGACAUUCAAUGUGUAUAUUAGCGAGGUGAAAUACAUGCUUCGACCAGUGGGUUUGUA